AUGUUUUCAUAUUUCUUCGGGAUCACUCGAGAGGAGGAUGUUCCUGCGAUUGGGGUAGAUGCUGAAAACGAGGAAGAGGAAAAGUCAUCAGAGGUGCACAUUGUAUCAUCGGAGAAGGCAUCGCCUAGUUUCCAUCCGGGGGACGUUCACCCGGGUGUGGUAGAGAAUACAUCGCCGGUGUUGGAGGCGGACCCGCCAGGAGAACAAGUGGGGCGAGCGCCGUCGCAUCAGAGCACAUAUGAUGAUUUGAGUUCCCUAAGUACGAUAAUAUCUCGGGAUUUGAGACUAGCUGAUGACGCUUCUAGUGAUGCCGCAGCGGCUUCGGUGCUGCAGAAACUGGAAAAGCAAAAUAAGUGGCGAUUUAGAGCGAGCGGAUGUCGGUUGAAUAUACUACUAGUGGGGAAGUCUGGCGUUGGAAAAACAACUCUGAGAGAAAAUAUGAUGAGAUCUUGGGUUGAAGUUGGAGGCCGACAGAGCCUUUUAGGGUCUCAGAAGAUCUACCAGGUUACCGACAAGCCAGCUGCGUUCAGUUUUCAAGUCACCAUUACGGAAUCAUCCGACGUGUCACCGCAACUCGUGCGAAAUUUGGAGAUGGAAAUGCUCGCUUAUCGCGACCGGCGUAAAAGAGCUCGGCUCAGUUCUCGGUGUCACCAGAAGCCCCCUUCUGUUGGGGUAUGGGAUCGGCCUCGGUCUGUAACGGAUGAUCGAAUUCAUGUUUGCCUCUUUCUUGUGAGAGCAGCUCCUGUUGGCGGCAUUGAUCUCCCUCUUGCUGUAAUGCAGGGCAUUGGAAAACUGACGAACUUGACUGGUACGGACUUAGAUCGUGCUCUUCCACAUGCAUGGACGCUCUCACGUGUGAAGACCCUCAUGGGAGCGCUCAGCAAGGGGGGACGUCUGUUACAUCGAGAGGGACGAGCGAAAACGACUGGAGUAUCGCGCGAGAUUCAGAGGAAGGCGAUGAGGGCUGCUGCCUGCCCCCUCCUGGGACAGUCGAGGGGAAUCCACUACUCGCUACAAGAACAGAGGGGGAAGUUGCAUCGACUCGAUCGGGGAGGGGUGGUGCCGAACGAUGAGAAACAGCAGCAGCAGCAGCAGGGUGAAGAGUUCCAGGCUUAUAUCUACCCGGAACAAGGGAAUGGCGAUGUCGUGGCUGAGAUAGUAGGGCAUACAGAGAGCUCGUCCAGAGAGGUACUGCAAUGUCCCCUUUUAUUGGAUCUAGCAAGUACUGAGGAUGAGCAGGACUCUCGUUACCCUCUGCCGAGAUUUGACGGGCACCCCUCCAGAUCGGCUGAGUUCCUUCGGAUGGUCAUCAUAGAGAGUUGCUCUCUCCUCCUCAUAGACAGAGCUCGGUUGUUGUUUAAUAAAUUCUAUUUGAAAAUGGAGAAGCGGCGGCAUGAAAGUAGAGUAUCAUCGCAGAUGAGCCAUGCUGUGAUGAGCGGUGUAGUGGUCGCUUCGGCGGCGGCUAUGUUUUUACUCAGCAGUAGUAAAAACUCUGGCCAUGCUAGUUGA